GCGGUCACAGAGGGAGGAACGAAUUCAGAGCGGGGGCCAGUGUUUUAAAACAAUAUUCUUUAUUUUAUGAAGUUCUGUGGAUGAGCUUUAGAUUUUUAGGAUAUUAAGAUCGACUGAAGGAAAACCAGAAUGCCGACUUCAAGGUUUCAGAUUGGAGAUACUGUAAUGGGCCGCUGGCCUGGCAGUAACCUUUAUUAUGAGGUCAAGGUGCUGAGUUAUGACAACAAGACUCUGCUCUACACCGUCAUCUACAAAGAUGGUACUGAACUGGAGCUGAAGGAAUCUGACAUCACGAGCCUGACAAUAUUUAAGCAAGGUGUUGCACGCUCUCGGUCCAGAUCCCGCUCUCGCUCACCAGGACGCCCACGUCGCAGUCGUUCCCGUUCUCCAGCUAGGACGUCCCGCCGAUCUUCCUCUCGCACCACAGAUGUGCGCAAGGAAAAACUCAAAGAAGUGCUGGAGGUCCGACUCACUCCAGUGCCGAUGACACACGAGAACAAUAGCAACAGCAAAAAUGAGAAGAAAGAGGAAAAUAAUACAGCUAAUACAGCUUCCACAAUCACUGAGGAGAAGACAGAGACUGAAUCGGAGAAUCAGGCAGGUGGGCGCUACAAUCUACGGCGCAGGAAGGAUCAGGGCGAUGGCAAGACAGUUGAGUUGGAGCAAAAGACAGAGACGGAGGUAUUAACGCAAACUAAACCACCCACUGCCAUCAAGACAACUGAUCUGGAGUUCGGAGGAAGAGUUGGUGUGUUUUUCCUGAUGUUUCUGUUGCCUGUGGCUGUGUUGGCAUUGCACAUUCUCUGUGGGCAGAAGGAUGCCAGUCUCCAGAGCUUCCCUCUUGAGAUCCCUUCCCUUCAGUCUCUCUGGGACUGGCAGGUCUUUGGCAUCGUCCUGCUCUGGCUUCUCUUCCAGGCCGUUCUCUCCCUGCUCCCUGUCGGAAAGCUCGUUGAAGGAAUGCCUCUCAAGAAUGGGAAAACUUUGAAAUACAGGAUUAAUGGUUUCUAUGCACUUCUCCUCACGGCUGUGGCAGUAGGUGUGGCUGUGUAUCAGGAGGUGGAUCUCAGCUACAUCCAUGCUCACUUCCUGCAGUUCUACACCUCGGCCCUGCUCAUCGUAACUCUUCUCAGCGUCUACCUUUUCGUCCGCUCUCGCUGGGCGUCUGAAGAUGAGCUCGCUCCUGGAGGCAACUCUGGCUACAUUAUCUAUGACUUCUUCAUGGGCAGAGAGUUAAAUCCCUGCAUCAAGAAUUUCGAUAUCAAGUUCUUCUGUGAAAUGCGUCCAGGCCUGAUGGGUUGGGUAUUGAUCAACUUCGCAAUGUUGCAAGCUGAAAUGAAGCACCAGAAUCUAGAGAAUCCCUCUCCAGCAAUGCUCCUGGUCAACAUCUUCCAGCUACUGUGGGUUGUUGAUGGCUUUUGGCAUGAGGAGAAACUUCUGACCAUGAUGGACAUAGUGUACGAUGGCUUCGGAUUUAUGUUGACGUUUGGAGAUCUGACUUUUGUUCCCUUCACAUUCACCUGUCAAGCGUACUAUCUAGUCAGCCAUCCCAAUGAACUCUCUGUAUUCUGGAUCAUUACUCUCAUCACUAUGAAUGGAGUUGGAUACUAUAUUUUCCGGAAAGCCAACUCUCAAAAGUUUGCCUUCAGAAAAAACCCUUCUGACCCGGCAGUGUCUCACCUGAAAACCAUUCCUACUGCAACUGGAAAGAGUCUUAUUGUGUCUGGUCUCUGGGGGUGGGUCCGUCAUCCUAAUUAUCUGGGUGACAUCAUCAUGGGUUUGGCUUGGUCUCUGCCUUGCGGAUUCAACCAUUUGAUCCCAUACUUCUACCUGAUCUACUUGUUCACUCUGCUGGUGCACCGUAAUGCACGGGACGAGUGUCAGUGCAGGAAAAAGUAUGGCUCUGCGUGGGAAGAGUACUGCAAAGCUGUCCCGUACCGCAUUUUCCCAGGGAUAUACUGAGGACUCACAGACUCAGUCUGUUACAGACACUCGGGGGAAAUAAAACUUUCCUCAGGAUGACCUGGCUGAACAUCAGACGUGGGAAUGAGUUGUUAGCGGCUUGGCAGCUUUUUUUAAAUCUUUGACUUUUUUUGUAAUUGAGCAUCACAUUUGAACCAAAUUUUCUGCCUUGUCACAAAACGUUUACGGAUAGUGGACACUGCCCCUUUUUUAGAGUUCGAUCUCUUAAAGAUGUAUAUUGUUGUACAGAUGUGUUUUUUUUUUUUCUUACUCACGAUUUUUUGCACGAUCUGUAACUUUCAAUCUCAUCUUAUGUACACAUACACAUUUUAAGUAUCUGCUUGGCUAUUUACCAUUGGAUUUUUGUAAUGACUAGUUUGUGGAAUGCGUUUGUAUAUUGUGUAUGAUGGGAUAUUUUUUUUAAUAUGUAUAGUAAGAAAAGAUGUAAUGUUCUUUCUCAGGACCAGCAAUUUGUGAAAAAAAAAACCUAACAAAAACAACAAAACUAUAUUUUCUUAAUUUCUGUACAUAUUUAAUAGAACAUUUUAGGUUUGGUUUGCAUUUUAGGCAUUUUAUGCACUGUUAAACAACUUUCUUUAAUCCAAAGUUCACAAAAUUUGGCUUUGCUACCUCAGAUUUUUCCAGUUGAAAACAAUGUAAAAAUUAGUUUUGUUUUUAGUCAGUUUUUGGAAACUAGUUUUCAGGCACUAUGUGAAGUAUCCCAGUAUCUUUUGCAAAAUCAUAAUUGUGUGCUGUGAACAGAAACGUUGAGCUAUGAACUUCAAUCUUGUACAAGGUAGCAUCACUUUACAUUUUCAUUAAGGUUUUAAUUUAAAACAUCAGUGCUCAACUGUGAAUGUGUAAUGUAAGGCUUUUCUUAACUUAUCUUUUAUGCAAGUAUAUCACUUGUGGGCAUAACAAUGAUAUACUUGUCCAAUGUCCUAAUGAGAGUUUGAAAUAAGUAUUUAUAGCUAAGAUGAGCUUUUACUUUAUCGCAGUGAAAAGAAGCAUUGUACAAUGUUAUUAUUUAUCUGGUUAAAUUUUAGAGUGUUCUCUUUUGUUAAAUUUUGUUAUCUGACGAGCAAUUUCUGUAAAAAUGCCAUUUUUAAAUACCCAUUAUUAAUUAAACCACUCUAGACAAACCGUCUGCCAUGUCUUGCCACAAAAUCAAAUGUACAGAUUUACAUUCUUUUUAUAUAAGUAUAUAUAUAUAUAUAUAUUUUUCUUUUUUCUUUUUGGUAGAUAUUUAAAGUUGCAUUCAUUUUGACUGUUGAGCCUAAAUUCCUAUUGUAGCUGUUAGGCUGAUGAUACACGGGGCAACUUUUUGGGCAAUGUUGCCGCCAACGGGCAACCAGAUGAGACACAGGGCCCAUGACCUAUCUAUUCCAGAUAGACAUUUGUUAUCCACUCUUAAUGUGAAAGUGCCCAAGCAUCAUUGCUCAAAAAAAGUUGCCCGGCAAAAUGUGUAUCAUCACCUUGUAUCAUCAGCCUAAGUGUAAUGUUUACCAUCCUCUUUUUAUUCCAUUACAUUAUCCUUUUUUCCUGUUAAUAAUUCUACUCUCUCUGCUCAGGUGAUUUGUAACUGAUCAAUGUGUUAUCAAAACAAGAAAAGAAGCUUGUUGUCAUAAACUCUAUUAAAUGUUCCAUUUCU